AUGCCGACGCUGCUGUUCAUCGUCGGCCCCCCUGGGGCGGCCUCGAUCCACGACCUGUUGACCUGUCUGGCCAAAUUCGACGAGGAUGUCUCCCUUGAAGCAACACCUCAAUUCCUUCGCAUCUCUAGUCUAAACAUCUCCAAAACCACCCAUGCCGCUUUCACGCUCAACUCGUCCUUCUUCGACAGGUACCAUUUCUCCCCCGGUCCGGCUCAGCCACAGCCACAGCCAAAGAUCUGGACCUGCAAGAUCCAGAAUCGGGCUUUACUUGCCAUCUUCAGACGGCGUCUAGGCGACCAGCGGGACCGGGACCGGGACACUGGCCUUGAAACGUGCGAGUGCGAGCUGCAAGCCAAUGCGGACCAAGCAGAGUGUCGAUUGAUCUUUCGACUCAAUUGCCGCCAGGGCGUCGUGAAAACGUACCGACUCUUCUACGAGUCCGCCGAAAUUCUCCAUGCGGCGUUUGACCGGGUCGGAUCGACCAACUAUUGGUCGGUCUCGUCGCGGACGUUGCGUGAUGUCGUGGAAUACUUUGGUCCAAAGACCGACCAGCUGGACUGGUAUUUCCAGAACGGCAAGGUGACAUUUACAAGCUACACGGAGAAGAUCCAAAGUGGAAAGGAAAUCCUCAAACAGCCCAUGCACACGUCUGUGGCCCUCGAAAGAAAAGACUUUGACGACUUCAAUGUCCAGGAAGGCCUCCAUAUCGGCACUAUGGUCAAGGACUUCCGUGCAAUCGUUGCACAUGCCGAAGCUAUGCGGGUUCAGGUCACAGCAAGAUACUCGCGCGGUAACCGACCCAUGCAGAUCACCUACGAAGAGAACGGGCUCCUUGCCGAAUUCACCUUGAUGACCAGAGGCACCACAAACCUGCCCAUCCCUUCCAGUGGAAGCAGAGGCACACCGGCACGAGAUCUGUCCAUGCGUCCAGUGUCUCGUCCGCCUGAGAGCCAGACAGCGACGGCGACGGCGACGGUGGCAGCAGAUUCUUUUGCUACGGCCGCCAGACCUUCGGCGACAGAUGCGAGCAUGCCUCCUCCCGCACGCACCUCCAUGCGACACGGCGAAUCCGCAGCUUCCACGCUGGCAAAACCAAAUUCGACAGAGUCGACGCUGGCACCAGCCGGGAGCAUGAAUCCGAACAGCCUGUUCAUCCCGGCUGACGACGAUGACCUGCAAUGGGACGCACCCAACUUCGAGGAAGAGCCAGACAUUGUGACGUGGGACAACACCGCCGACGACGGGUCGGCAUUGAGCUCCACGCGACGUGUCCGCGAUUCAGCCCUCCAUUCUUGGGCCUCGAUGCAGGAGCAAGAGCGUCGAGCAUCACGGGUGGCGAGGACAGAGAUGGAGAUCCCACACGAGAUCGCGCCGACGCAGCGUCUUUCUCAGGUCCGGGGGAUCUUUGAUUGA